GGUUGGAACAAGACAUCAAGAAGCUAAAGGCUGACCUGCAGGCCAGCAGGCAGGUCGAGCAGGAGCUGCGCAGUCAGAUCAGUUCCCUGACCAACACAGAGCGGGGGAUCCGCUCCGAAAUGGGGCAGCUCCGGCAGGAGAACGAGCUGCUGCAGAACAAAUUGCACAACGCUGUACAAAUGAAACAAAAAGACAAACAAAUGAUCAGCCAGUUGGAGAAGAAACUAAAGGCAGAGCAGGAGGCAAGAACCUUUGUAGAAAAGCAAUUAAUGGAAGAGAAGAAAAGGAAGAAGUUGGAAGAAGCAACUGCUGCACGAGCUGUGGCCUUUGCUGCUGCCACGAGGUGCUUUGUGCUUUGGGGAGGCCUUUUUCACUCCUGUGUGCAUAAAGGAAUAGUUUAUUUGAUUCUUUUCUUAAAAAAAAAGGCUUUAUUUGUGUUAAGGCAGAGGGAGGACUGGGAAAUCUCUGAGCCUCGGUGCCUACAUAUAUUACAUUUGCCCAUGUAAUAUGAAUUACACGGGUGAAAAAGCUCCAAAGAGCAUAUUUAGAACAUAAUGCUCUGAAUUAUCUGCUGUACCUUGACUGUGCUGACAGAGAUGUUGUACCUGCUUGGGUCAGUCUGCUUUGAGAAAAGGAACAUCUCCUUCCA